GUGUUGUCUUAGUAAAUUCAUCCCUUCCUUGGGUGGCUAGAUUCUCAUAUCUGGUGCACCCACCAUUACAGGCGAGCCUCUACAGGGCUGGCGCGAGGGGCAGGCGGAGGGUUGGCGACCUUCUUGGCCUUACCCUUGCCCUUGAAGGAAUCCUUCUUGGGAGCCAUUGUGGGGAGGGUGUAGGUGGAAGUGUGGAAGCCUACAGAUCAAUCAGUAUGAGGAUCUAGGGCAUUGAGAAUAGUACUUACAACGGAAGGGAAGCAGAAGGUGAGCGCAACAGAAGACGACAGGAAGAGGUUGUGUUGUUGUGUAGGUAGGCGAAGUUCAGAGGAAGAAGAAGAAGCGCCUACAACAAACAACACAACAACACGUAGGCGAAGUGUUGCCGCCUACUAGGAAUACCUUAAUCGUUAGGCCGGCAAAGCAGCACCACCCCCAUCAAUAACCUCACUUUCCACAAUUGACAUCCUCGGGCUCAAAGGGGCUUGAGCCUCAAAGGGGGGGAUAAUUGUAUAUAGUAGGAACGCGGACCUUCGGAGGAAGGUCAGCGUUCAGUCUUUGUAAUCUACAGGAUCUACUACACGUAUGUGAUUGAGAACGUGACCUCGUACUGCCCUGUUCAUUUUGAAGAUCCUUACAAGUUUCUACGCGUGUACUCGGGUACAAGUACAUGGUGCUUGGUAGAUUCCUACAAUCUAAUUGGCUGUUGUGCACAGACCCUGUGGAAACUUUUGGGCCGCACGAGUACGAGUGGGAGCGAACAAGUGAUAAUUUCAUAGAAUGGCUUAAUUAUGUAUCUUUACAUACAAAUUACUAUGGAGAGGUACUUACGGUCGCAAUUGUGACGAGCAGGGGCUACGGGGUGGUGCAGAUCUUACUGCCAACGGUAUGUGAUCAUGUUAUGUUCUGCGGGCUGAAACCCUCUAAUUGUUUCGGCGUAAACGAGCGCUAUGCAUCGCUUCUGAUUGGGUGCGGGGAAACAGCUUCACAGCUCCGACCUACACAGCUCCCAGCUCCCAGCUCGAGUCGGCAUGGAGCGGCCGCAUGUUCCGAUUGUCCCGCCUAUGAACCGCGUCCAACGAUCACCGCGAUCAUCCACAGCAGAAGCACUUCGGCAUACAACAGCUGCUGCUUCCAAUCCUACACAAACCGAAGACUUGCCCCCUAUUCCCCGUCGGCAAUCGUACCGCGUACCAGCUAUCGCUUCUCACGGAAGGCAUCCGGAACCUCAGAUUCCUCACGGAAGACCAGCCAGCCAUAGAGACGACGUCGGCCUCGCCGACCAGACUUCUUCACCACCUCGCGCUCAAGCCCGGGACAUACCAACCCCGAGAGCAGGAGAGCAGCACUCACUGCACACCGUCGCUGCAGCUGGUCCGCCCGGGAUACCAAAUGCACCGCCGCUGAGGCCCUGUCCACACCAUGAAGAGCGCACCUCUCAUCGUCAACUGGCACGACUCCAGCGCCCCGAUCUACUCUGCCCACUUCGAGCCCAAUGGCAAGAGGCUCGCGACGGCGGGUGGAGAUAACAAUGUGAGGCUCUGGAGGGUUGAUUCGGAUGGCGAGGAGCGGAGCGUGGAGUACCUGUCGACGCUUAGCAAGCACUCCCAAGCAGUCAAUGUCGUCCGUUUUGCCCCCAAAGGAGACCUUCUAGCUUCCGCCGGCGACGAUGGAAAUGUCCUGCUCUGGAUCCCCGCCGAAUUACAUCAUCCCCAAGCCGCGUUCGGCGACGACGCGUUGGAGGACAAGGAGACAUGGCGCGUGAAGCAUAUGUGCCGGUCGUCUGGCUCGGAAAUAUACGAUCUCGCAUGGUCCCCGGAUGGCGUCUACUUCAUUAUCGGGAGCAUGGAUAAUAUUGCGAGAAUAUACAAUGCCCAAACUGGCCAAUUAGUUCGACAGAUCGCCGAGCACAGCCACUACGUCCAAGGCGUCGCGUGGGACCCUCUGAACGAAUACGUCGCGACGCAGUCCUCGGAUAGAUCGGUGCAUAUAUACAGCCUGCGGACAAAGGAUGGGCAUUUCACCUUGGAACAGGGACCCCACAGGAUUGCUAGCCAUGCAAAGAUCGACCUCCCUGGGCGAAGAGGCUCGCCUGCUCCCCCAGAUAUCGGCAUCCGCUCUCAGAUCUCCAACGAAACCUCAUAUCUCGGUGCCGAAUCGCCAAAGCCGUCAGAGCCCAGCACACCAACUGCCCACGGACUACCCAUGAACCCACCGAGCACUAUCAGCCACAGUAGGAGAUCUUCAUUCGGCUCGUCCACCUCGGUGCGGAGAUCGGCGUCGCCGGCUCCGUCAAUGCCUCUCCCGGCUGUUAUGCCCAUGGAAGCGUCCCCGAAGCCAGGACACGGGUUGGGAGUCAAGAAUGCGAAUAUAUACGCCAAUGAGACACUUACCUCGUUCUUCCGGCGGUUGACGUUCACUCAAGAUGGAAGUCUCCUGCUUACUCCGGCUGGUCAAUACUCUGUCCCUCAUCCUGGAGAGAACGAGGGCCAUAGGGCGGCGUACGAGAUAAUCAACACCGUCUAUAUCUACACGAGAGGCGGGAUCAAUAAGCCCCCGAUUGCACAUCUUCCGGGACACAAGAAGCCGUCGGUAGCUGUCAAGUGUUCGCCUAUAUUUUACACUAUAAGAGAGGGACCCGUCACGACCAAAAACAUCACAAUCGACACAUCCUUAUCUGAAGAAUCCAUACCUGCCUUGCCCGAGCCGGUCAUCUCUUCUCCUACACCCGAUACGCCGCCUAAGGUUCAGAAAUCGCCGUUCCUACACCCUAGCGAUUCAGGCCCGACGUCGACACCGAAGGAGCUGGAAGUGGCAACUGGGGCGGUUUCUCCCGGCCCGCCGAUGGCGUUUUCGCUGCCGUAUCGCAUGGUUUAUGCUGUUGCCACGCAAGACUCGGUUCUAUUGUACGAUACGCAACAGCAGACGCCCCUGUGUAUUGUGAGCAACCUGCACUGUGCAACCUUUACAGAUUUGACCUGGUCCAACGACGGCCUAACCCUACUCAUGACCUCCUCCGACGGCUUCUGCUCCACCCUCACCUUCUCCCCCUCCGAGCUCGGCGAACCAUACACCCCCGACUCAUCCACCACAAAACCCGGCGUCUCCGCCCAACAACCCACCUCCCUCUCCUCCCAAAACACACCCAUCCCAACACCCACCUCGGCCGUCUGCCCCCCCUCCCCAUUCCCUGGCCUAUCCCGCCACCGCACCCCCUCCAACCCCCCACCUUCCGAAUCAACCACCACCCAACCCGCCUCCGCCGCCGUCUCAGGCCGUCUCGCCUCGCCCACGCGCACAAACUCGACAAGCUCCAUCAUCUCCACGCAGUCCCCCUUCGCGCCCUCCGCCUUCGGCGCGCCGAACGCGAGUUACCCUACCGGAACGGUUGUUAGCAAUCCCCCUCUCGUGUCGGGGAGCGUGCCGGGCAUCACGGCGGGCUCGUUUGUCGUGCCGGCGGUGAAUAUGACGACGCCGCCGCAGACGCCGAGGAGUGCCGCGUGUAGUGUUAGUGGUGCGGUGGCGGGAGGGGUGAAGAGGGAUGCGGGGGGGGUGAGUGAGGAUGAGAGUGCUAAGGAUGAUGCUGCUGGGGCAAGGGAUGGGGAGGGUGAGAACGAGGGAGAGAGGGAUGGUGGACCUGCGCCGAAGAAGAGGAAGAUUGCGCCCACGCUGAUUGGGGAGUUGAAGAGGUGAUUGGUGGUUGUUCGUUCUUCUCUGUGGGAAGGGGUUUCUUUCCCACUCAACUCCUAGAAGGUUGGGUGGGGUGGUUACUGUCUGCGAAAAUGAAGGUUCUGGGAAGGAAAGGGGGGGCAUUAUCUCUGGUCUUGUGGGUAUUUUUUGGCAUCUGUCUGUAGCGGUAAUCGGGAGUUAUUGUUUUGCGGAUGCCAGAGUGUGUUUGGGCUGGCCUGGCUGGGUGGUGUGGUGUUGUCAUGGGACAGUGGAUGAGGUAUUGGCGGGGGGAUACGGCAUCAUUUAUGAGUGUAUUAUGGUUGCUGCUUUUUGUGGCAAAGGAUGGGUGGGGUGGUAUGGUUUGCAAGGAAGCCUGGAAGCCUGAAAUCAAGGGGAUUAGGAUAUUUUAGGCAAUAGAGUACUCAUACCGAAGC